AUGAACUCUCCGGUAAUGGAAUUACCAGAAAAAAUUUCUCCUCGUCACCAGUCCAUUCCUUUAUUCACCACAACUUCCUUCGUUGGAACCUUAGACACCGAAGCAAUCGACAGUCGGGAAUUUAUUUCAAAUCCAAAACGUUUCACAAUGCCGGCUCCUGGUUCGCCUAGAAAACGUGGUUAUCAAAAGCCUACGAAACCUAGGGAAUUUGCUAAAAGUGCAAAGAAAAGACAGAGCGUACUUGCUUUAGGUUCCAUAACCCACUUACAACACUUUUACGCUAAACGUGGUAUAAUCAUAAAACCAAAGAAACCAAAGCACGUUAUAAAUACGAAUGUUUCAGAUUUACUCAAGGUUACAGAGGAACCCGAAGAAGACCUCCCCCCAACUCCACUUCCACCAUCACCGCCCCCUCUUCCAGCUUACAUCACUUCUAAAUUAGAUGUGGAAACAGAUCCUGAAGUGUUACUUGCAACAUGUCAUGGUGAUAUUCAAGCAAUGAUAGAUGCUUGGUGUAUGGUGACCGGUGAAGUUAAAGCCGAAGAAAAUCCAGUGCCUGUUGAUAUAUUAGCGGCCAUAGAGACCACCACGAGGGCUGUUCAAUCGGUAAAAAAUUAUUCCCUGUUUAAAGAAGAUUUAUCAACGGAAUCAAUGUCAAAAAUUCGUGGUGCUGCCUUGGAAGUAUUGGAGAUGAUUAGCGAUUUGGAGCAAUCACACAGAGACGAUGACGACAGUAGCAGUGAAGAUGGUCAUAUAUACAAAGAAUCAAAUUUUCAUUGUUUAGAUAGACAACGUGAUAUAUUAAGAAGAUAUUUGAUGGUGGUUGAGGAAUGUCUAUUAUUUGAUGAUAGUGAUAUGUAUCCUCCAAAUACAUCUUAUUUAAAAAAUUCAUCAGUUAGUUCAGAUGAUGAAUCGAAACAAGGAACUGCCCCUUUUACUCCUCCAUUAUCACCCGGUCAUCCAAAUAACGAUUGGGUAAAUCCUGAUGUAUAUGGUGGUAAUGUUUUUGCGAGAUAUCAUGCUUUCUUGGAAGCUCAUCGACCUUCAAAAUCUAAACGAUAUCCUGAUUACACACCCCUUCCCAAUCCUUGUCUCGACAAAACCGAAUUCUUGGCUUCGUUGGCUGACGGUAAAUUAUUAUGUGAGAUAUAUAAUACGAUAGUAAAACGAUCGAAACGACCAUUUGGAUUCAUUGAUAAAAUUCAUGAGGAUACAUCAAGAACUUAUCGUGCUACGGAAAAUUUAAAAUUCUUUGCUGCUGCCGCCAAGUUUAGAUUUGAGCUUAAAUUUGAUGAAUUUAAUGUAACAGAGAUUGUCAAAUUAACGAACGUUGGCAAAACUCAACUUGAACGAAUUCUUGAAGUAUUUUGCGAAAAAGCCAUGCAAGAGCUUAUAUCAACAGGAUCUUAUAAACAAUAUCCAUCAUCGAGAGUAUCCAGCAUGUAUAUGCACGAAUCUCUUUCAAAUUCACAAAUGCAAUUACUUCAGCAAGCAACGACAAAGUCAGCGAAUGAUUUAGCUGCAGCUGUGUCUGCUAAGUUGUCGAUUCGUCCACACGGUUACGCGUCAUCAACAAGUACACCAUCUCCAACAUUAUCAAGGAAUAAUAGUGAUGAUGAAAUUUAA